AUGAUCAUUGCAAUACUCUUAUUGACCACAGUUUUUGCAUUUCCCAAAUACAAGCAAAACCUAUUUGUGACCAAACCUGAAUCCCUCAAAAAAUUAGCAUACUAAUUGUCAAUAGCUUCUGAUUUACAGGCUGACGUGGAUCAAGAUCAAGUUUGUACUUGGUUGAAAGAGUAUACUUUAACAACAGCCUAAGAUGCAUAUUAUACAAAGCUUGCCUCAUCAUUUUUGGAAGAAUGUCAGGUGGACUACAACAUCGACUUACCAUAGAUUGAUUAAGAUGAUUUCGAAUCAAUUUACUAUAAUUCCCUUCUGAACGGGUAAUGUCCAUAAUUAGAGUAUUUUAUCACAGCUGGAGGUGCAGCCAAGCCAUAGCUUAAAAAAUAAGAUGACUCAUAUAGAACAGCAGCUCAAGUAUAUCAUCUUGCCACUAUUUGCAACACUAUUCACAAUGACACCCCCAAGGUCCAUUAGGCAAUCCAAGAAGCCAUCUUUAACUUCUAAGAAAUGUACGACGGAGUCAUCGGAAUAUUGGAUAGAGAUAAUUCAGCAGCAGUCACUGCCUCAAUAUUAUACUCAUUUUUUACUUUCAACAUCACCAAUCUCCAUCCCAAACUCUAAGACCUCCUCUAAAGUCAGAUCUACCAAUAAACUAUUAUCAACUUCCUCUUCUAAAGAACCCAAGUCUUAGGAUCUAUUGAUGAAUAGUAUUGGAUUACAAAGUUAUUCUCAUUGAGCCAAGUCAACUCCAUCGUCCAUCCCAUUUUCUAAGACUAUUACCUGGUGAAUAAGGGAAAAGCCCAAAUCAAUGUUAAGUUCGUUAACUUCAAAGGAGAAAAGGUCUAACCUACAGAAGUCUCAGCUUUCAUUGAAAGUCAAAAGGAGAAUUACACAUAUACUCCAAUAAAAUCAAAAGAAUUUAGUGGCUAUUUUGAGGUUUCAACAGUUGGCUCACUUCCCUUUGAAUUGCAUUUCCCCAAUUACGUUUUUAAACACACUAUUAAGGUAUUACAAGAGAUUGAGAUUGAGGAAGUCAUGUUUGAUGUUGUUGAUUCUAAGACUUCAAAACCCAAUUUCCAUCACAGUGUUGAAAGUGGAGAAGUGUAUCCUGCCACUCUAAAUGCUAAUGAAAAGAGUUUCCUACAUGUCAUCAUCAAAACUAAAAAUCAUGUUAAAUCAUAAGUUGCCAUCAGACUUGUUCAUCCCAAAUAUCCCUCUGCUACCACCUAAGUCUUUGCUGAGUAUGAUACCAAAAGAAAGAUAUUUUAUGGUAUUAUUGAUUUCGGAGACCCUGAUCAUGUUACACCACUCAAUGCAAUCUAUUAAGUUGAAUUGCUUCUGGCUGAUUCAAAUGUAUUGCCUAAAAGAUGGAGUUUCCUCAAAAUAGAUACUAAGUUUUAAGCUUAAACUACCUUCUAAAGUGACGGCCAUUAUAAAUUGCCUUAGGAAAUCGUCCAUCAAUUCAGCCAAGAGGAACCUGAAAUUCCAUUCUUUUUUGUUUCCUUCUUUGUCGCAAUUAUUGUUAUUGCUUUCAUAUUUUUCCUCAGAAUCAUCUCAAAUUUAAAUCUAAGUUUUGAGAAAUUGCCUAAGAACAAUUCAAACAUUGUUUAUUUGUUUAUUGCUUUAAUCAUAGGGCUAUUUGUUGUUCUAACCUUAUUUUGGAUUAAAUUAAAUUUGAUUGAAACCGUAUCAGUUUUAGGAGUCCUAAGUGUACCCUUAGUAGUUGUUGGAAACUAUGCACUUUUAGCGUUGAGGAAAUCAGAAAAAUUAGAUUGAUAAAUAAUAUAUAUAAUGCAAUGUGUAUUUUAAUUAUUUUUGUU